CCUAUAGAUUGUAAAAUAAUUAGAAGAUGCACAAAUUAUAAUAAUUUAAUAUAAAUGUUCUAAUUAAUGAUAGGACACGUAACAAUUUUAUAAUAAAGCAAUGUGUAUGUGAUCCCUAUCAUAUCAUUAUGCUGAUUUUCCAUCUGAAUAAUGUAAAUUCAAUCAUACUAAUUGUUGUUUUUUUUAUAGAGUUGGAUCUAACAUUGGAGCUUUGCUUAGUACAGAGGAGAUAAGUGUACUUCAAAUGAA